AUGCCGUUCGUUCUAUUCGCAAAUGUCAACUUUGUUCCUGGCAGAUAUGACGAUUGGCAGGCAGCAUACGACAAGCUGGGGGCGUACGUGUGGGAAAAGGAGCCCACAACAUUGACCUAUUACUUUGGGGUACCUUUGCAAUAUUGGACGCACAAGUCUGAUACGACACACAUGUUUGCCUUCGAGGUCUAUGGAGAGCGCCACGACCUCUACACGACCCAUUUCAGUUCGCCCGCGAUGCAAGAUUUCCUGGCUGCGAUUCCGGAGACAAUGACCACCGGUCUUGACUUGAAGCAUUAUGAGGAUGUCGGUGGCUUUCUGGAUCGAUUUGGUGAUAAGCGCGAGUGUGAGCUCAUGACCGAUGUCCGUAUCACUUGUCAUGAAAAUUCCAGGGACAAGGUACUGUCUAAACUCGUGACGCUUGUCAAUGGAAUGAAGGACUCAGGGUCAGCAGAGGUCUACACACUGCUCGUUCUCAAAAGCCUAGACGACAAUACUGGUGUGCGCUUCUAUCAAAGGUUCAAAUCGUGGCAAGCAUCUACUACGUUCGCCCGAAAUGAGCUAGUCCUUGACUUCUGGAUGACCUCAAAAGAAGACAUUGCCAGCAUGGAGUCACAAAGCUACAUCCCUAACGGCAAGGGCUGGCUGCACCGCGAGGACUGAAAAGCACUUCACUCGGCCGGUAUUUUCUACGAUAAUGCUUGUCACCACAUACAGUUCCUGGAAAAAGCUGAAGCUACUCUCCGGAAGAGCCUCGUUCUCCAACACGCUGAGAGAGUCAAAUGUCAGGAAGAGUUAAUGGCAA